AUGCCGUAUUUCAGUCUCCUUAACUUCACCGACGCGGAGGUUCGGGAGGUCCUCUACUUGAUGCUAGAUGCCAACGACAUCGAGUUCAUGGAUCGAUACCGAGAUCUAGGUCUGCCCAUGAGGUCGUCUACCGUAGAAUUGAUCGAGAAACACUUCAGAAGUGCAUAUCAACCAACAAAGAACACUGCCACCCCGGAGCGUGGACCUACGAGCGUCAACGACGGAAUGUACCUCGACGACGCCAUGAUCCUGGACAGAGAGUCGGAUGAAGACGGAGAGGGAAACGAUGUAGUGUCGCGCUUGAUAGGCAAGCUCACUAGCGGGAAGAUGGUUAAGGACAAGGGCAAGGGCAAGGGCAAGGCUAAAGAAGAAGAGUCGGACAGUCGGGGCUCGCCUGGCGAGGCCACUUCUGGUUUCCGUUGGGAUCCGUCCCCAGAUCGCCUUCUCCACCACGCCCCCGAUUCACAGUCGCAUGGUCGUGCUCGCACUGGCGCACCGGGCAGGGAAUCAGACUCGUGUCAGGAUUCCACUGUUCUUCGGGGCAGACAGCAAGCAAGGGGCAAGAAAGUUGGAAGGCGCGCGGGCAGCAGUACCAGUUCGUCCGGUGGAAGAAUGGACCAUGACGCGGUGCGAACACGCUCACAACAAGCAAAGGGCAAGAAAGUUGUCAGGCGCGCGGGCAGCAGUACCGAUUCAUCCGGCGAUAUCAUGGAGCAGGGUGCGAUGCUAGGACGCUCACAGGGCCGCGGUGAUCAUACAACGCCCACUGUCGACAACACUAAGAGCGAGUGCUUCAAGCGGGAGCGUUCGGUCAGUGCGGACAGUAUGGACGAAGUCUUCGGACAAGGCCUCUUGGAGGGUCUUGACAUGCAUGAACUCGACUCACACAACGGCUAUCAAGACGGCAUGCCUAGAGGCCGGUCUUCCACCUACCCCCGCCUUACCCCAGAUAACAACACAUCGGUCGGAGAUGCCAAGGCAAGCUCAAGCAAAGCUCAGGAUCAUCUGUUCUAG